CUACCCUUGAUUGACAUGUAAACAACUUCUCUGAAAGCAGCUCAAAUAAUUGCAAAAUUAACGACAACAAUGAGUUGUCAUCGCGCAAUUUUUCGAUUUGCAAAGACUUUCAAGCGUCCUUUAUCAAUUCAAAGAUGUUCCAGGCGCUAUUCUCAGGCAGCAAUAUCUCCGCAAGUUACCAAUGCUUUUGUUGAGGAUGUUCGUGCAAUAGUCGGAAAGUCGAAUGUGUCAACUGCCGAUGCAGUGCGAGAACAGCAUGGCCAUGAUGAAUCGUACCACAGUGUGGAGCCCCCAGAUAUUGUGGCAUUUGCCGAGAGUGUUGAGCACGUGAGCAAGGUUGCGAGUCUUUGUAACGAACAUGGAGUGCCUCUCAUACCCUUCGGCAGUGGCACAGGAUUGGAGGGAGGCGUUAACGCACUAAAGGGCGGCCUUUGUCUGGAUAUAACGAAGAUGACAAACAUCACGUCAGUGAAUGCAGAAGACUUUGACUGCAAGGUUGAGUGUGGAGUUACUAGGGUAACACUCAACAAUUACCUACGCGAUACUGGUCUGUGGUUUCCCAUCGACCCAGGAGCAGACGCCAGUCUGUGUGGUAUGUGCGCCACCAGUGCCUCAGGUACAAAUGCCGUGCGAUACGGAACAAUGCGAGAAAACACCAUGAACCUGGAGGUCGUGUUGGCGGAUGGCCGUGUGAUCAACACUGCAGGGCCUGGCAGGAGAACUAAGAAGACAUCUGCCGGCUACAACCUAACAAAUCUGUUUGUGGGGUCAGAAGGCACCCUGGGUAUUAUCACCAAGGCAACACUCCGUCUCCAUGGCAUCCCUGAGGCUACCAUAUCUGCGACCUGCACUUUCCCAGAUGUCCAAUCAGCCGUGGACACAACUGUGCAGGUCCUACAGUGUGGCAUACCUAUCGCCAGAAUAGAAUUCCUGGAUGAGGUCUCCAUAGAUGCUUGUAACAAGUACAGUCACCUGGACCUGAAGGUGGCGCCAUCCCUGUUCUUUGAAUUCCAUGGUGCCGAGGCUGGCCUCAAAAAUCAAACAGAAGUUGUUGCUGAGCUGGUUCAGAUGAAUGGAGGGUCAGAGUUUCGCUGGGCGACGGACAUUGACGAGAGAAAUCACCUGUGGAAGGCCCGACAUGAGAUCCUCUACGCUUGUAUGGCCCUAAUACCGGGCUCAAAGCCAUAUUCUACAGACGUGUGCGUUCCUAUCUCUAAUCUCCCAGAAGUGAUUGUGAGAACUAAGGAGAUGAUUAAGGAGGCUGGAAUUAUUGGAGCUCUAAUGUUUGGUCAUGUCGGGGAUGGAAAUUUCCAUACGCUCUUUGCAUUUGAUCGUAAUAUCGAGAAAGAGAGGGCUUCUGUUAAACUUAUGGCCAACAAGAUUGCAUUGAUUGCACUGGAUCUAGAUGGCACCUGCACAGGUGAGCACGGGGUUGGAAUUGGGAAACGGGAACUUCUAGAGCAGGAAAUCGGUCUGGAGGGGCUCUCCGUGAUGCGGCAGGUUAAACAGGCGCUCGACCCCAAUGGAAUCAUGAACCCGGGGAAGGUGUUCUUCUGAGGUCAGGGGUCAGAGGUCAAGGUCGGGGGGAAUGACAGUGGAAAUAUGGUGAUGAACAAGAUGGUUGAGAUAUAUAUGUGGAUAAUUUCUGUGGCCUACUUGGCAAAAUGGUGCUUUGAUUAUGAAUUGCAAUAAUUGAAGUACAAUGAAAGAUGUUAAUUUUAAUCAUGUUGUUAAUGAUUUUAUCUUGUUUAUGAUUAGUCAGUGAUUUAUUUGUAAUCCAACAUUCAUUUUUAUUAACACCAGCUCAGUAAACGUUGGUCAGGGAUAUUUCAAUUUGAUGAAAUCCUAAAAUUAUCUAUUAUUCAAAACAUGUUUGCUUUUAACAGCACUGAGGCAAUUGAAAUGCAUUUACGUAAUUUUUUUUAAAGUCUUUACUGCUUUUUUUAAAGUUGCACAUUUGUUUACUUUAAUUUGAAUGUACAAAUACUUUAAUAAACGUGUUGAAAUCUUAAAUGGAGAACGAAGUAUGUAACUGUUACUGUUGGUUUCUUUACUUUUUGCAUUUUGGAUAAAAUUUACAAUUAACCUACAUUUACUGAACAUGUUGUUAAAUUGAAAGUUAAUGUUUUUUUUAAGAAAAAGUAUGUCCGCCAGUUUCAAACUGGAAGUAUUUCUAUCAAAUGUAGUGAUGAAAUAUUUAUGCAGGAAUUGCCAUAUAUCUUUUAUAAAAUAUUUUUUAUCUAUUUUGUGAUAUAUCUUUUUCUAGAUUUUAAUUGUUUAUUUUUUGAAGAUAAUGUUUCAUCUUUGUUAUUGGUCCCAGGGUCAUUAAAUGAGCAAAAUACGAAUAACAACUGUUAGGUUUAACCUUUAUCGCAAGAUUAACAAUUUUCUAAAAAAAAUGUCUAAAAGGAAUAAAAAAUGUGUUAAAAGAAGUGCUGACAUUUGAUAAAACAUAAUAUAAACCUUCCUAGGUCCCAAUGAUAAAAAUGAUACCUGAUUUUUGCAAGAAAGCAAUGAGUUGUACUCAAUUACAUUUUAUGCUGUUAAAUAUUUUUUUUAAUUGGAAUGUUUACAAAAGUUGAAUCAACACAUUCUAUAAAAAAUAUGCACUUUUAAAAACAGCAAAUAAUAACAGAUUUUGGAUUACUUAUAUUUUGUGGUAAAAUGAGUUGAAAGCUUGUGUAUUUUAAACUAUUUUUGUGAUAUUCACUCUUGACGAUUUCAUACUUCAAUAAUGUUCCUCAAAAAGACCGUUAACUUCAUAAAGAAGAAGUAUGAAGUCAUUGAGGAUGAAAGCGUGAAUUGUGAAAUAUGAACUCAGAGAUAUGAAGUCACCACCAGUCUUUUAUAGGUAUGGGUGACUGCUGCAUGCACAUUGAUAUCCAAUCAAUUUCACAUUGUAUUUGUAAAAUAGGGUAAUCUUUUAUUGCUAUGGCAGUUUGAACUGUAAGAUACAAUUUCUACAGUAUUUAUAUGUCAAGAGUGCGAAUUUCGCUGAGGUACACCCACUUUUUUUCUGAAAUCGUCUAAAUUGGACUCUAGCUUAUUUGGUGUUUGUUGGUGCAUUUGUUGGAAUUGAUCUAUGUAAAGAUAACGAACAGAAACUCAUCGCUUGCCUACACAAAAAAGCAAACACAAAGUCACCUUUGUAAUGCUGUGCCAUGAUAUGGAAUUCAUUGUUAAGUUUUUGUCCCUGUUUUAAUUAUAUACAAGUUUAUAAUCCUUAAAGGCUUUUAAAUGUACAGUCCUAUCACUAAUGUAAAUUUUUCCAGUAAAAUAGUGUCAUCAUUAUUCUUGUACCAGAAAAUAUCAGUUUUAAUGAUUUUGAUUAAUAAAAUGGAAUUUAAGAACAAUUGUGUCGAUGUUGUUUAUGAUGAAUAAUAGUGUCGUCAUUAUCCUUGUACCAAAAAAUAUUAUAAGUUUUAA